GCGUUCUUUCUUCCGUCACAAUAAAGAGGUGCACGUGCUGCGAGAGGACGACCUGAUCUAGCGUCUCUUGUAGCAGUGGUUGUUAAGACACAUUGGCUUAACGCAUUGUUUAUUUUGAUCAUGGCCAUGAGGAUUCUUUAUUUAGCGGUAUUUUUAAACUUCGUAACUGGUUCGCUGGCUGACAGGCAACCUGAUCUCUACAAUAUUGGUGUUGGAAUAGCGGAUGUCACUGGACCAGCAGCUGAAAUUAACAUGAUGGGAUAUGCUAAAAUGGCCCAAGUGACAAAAGGAAUCCACAUUCGUCAAUACAGCAGAGCGUUCAUCGUAGGUGACAACAGUUCACGCAUCGUCAUUAUUACCAUUGACUCUGGAAUGGUGUCGCACGCUGUUAAAAUGGAGGUUUCGAAAGCUCUCAAAGAAAAAUUUGGAAAUCUGUAUUCAGAAGACAAUGUCCUAAUUACAGCAACUCACACACAUGCAACCCCCGGUGGAUAUCUGCAGUAUCUUCUGUACUUGAUUCCGUCUCAAGGAUUUAUCCGUCAGACUUUUAUCAGCCUUGUCCAAGGCAUAGUAAAGAGUGUGGAGAGAGCUCAUGCGAACAUUCAACCUGGAUACAUCUACUGGAACGAAGGUGAAGUUCAGAACGCGAGUAUUAACAGAAGUCCAACGGCCUAUAUCAAUAAUCCAGAGGAAGAGAGAAACAGAUAUCAGGACAACGUAGACAGAAAUAUGUUCCUGCUCAAGUUCACUGAUGAAAAUGACAAACCUUUGGGAAUGAUCAACUGGUUUGCUGUCCAUCCAACGAGUAUGAACAGCUCGAACUAUUUGAUUAGUGGGGACAACAAAGGAGCUGCCUCUCUCAUGUUCGAAGAAGCUUUGAAUGGUUACAGUGCACUACCAGGAAAAGGUCCUUUCGUAGCUGCGUUUGCUCAAUCCAAUGCAGGAGAUGUAUCGCCAAAUACACUGGGUGCCCGCUGCCCCAGUGAUCCAGCGGAAAAGUGUGACAUUGAAACCAGCACUUGCCGAGGAGGGAAAGAAAGAUGUGUAGCUGUAGGACCUGGAAAAGAUAUGUUCGAGAGUACGUGGAUCAUAGGAGAACGUCAAUAUAAAACAGCGAUGGAAUUGUUCAAAUCGGCAUCGAAACGAUUGAGUGGACCUGUUUUGUACAUUCAUCAAUUUAUCGAUAUGUCCAAUGUAGAUCUCUCUACUAACGAAACUGAAAGAAGGACUACCUGCAAACCAGCGAUGGGUUACAGCUUUGCAGCUGGAACCAUUGACUGCCCGGGAGAAUUUGAUUUUUUACAAGGUACAACGAAAGGCUCGACUUUAUGGAACAUAGUUGUUGAUUUCAUCCGCAGACCUUCUAAAGCCUUGAAACAGUGUCAAUAUCCCAAACCCAUUUUACUAGCCACAGGCGAGAUGUCUCUGCCGUACAAAUGGCAGCCAGAUAUCGUUCCUACCCAAAUCAUCAAAAUAGGUAACUUGGCUGUGCUGGGGGUCCCCGCAGAAGUGACAACAAUGGCUGGCCGUCGAUUACGAAAUGCUGUGAAAAAGGUCUUUCAAGAAUCUAGUUACCACUCUGGUGAUACUCAAGUUGUCUUAGCAGCGCUCAGUAAUGCUUAUUCUUCCUAUAUAGCCACUUACGAAGAGUAUCAGGUUCAGCGUUACGAAGGUGCAUCAACAUUGUAUGGUCCACAUACGCUAGAAGCGUAUAUCAUGCAAUAUGAAAUGCUGGCUGAUAAUAUGCUGUUGAGAAAUGAUAUUGGACAUGGUUUAGAACCAGCUAAUCUCCUUAAUCAGCAACUUAGUUUCAAACUCAAUGUCAUGUUCGAUGGUAUUAGGAGAGGAAGGAGUUUUGGAGAUGUUCUGAAGGAUGCCAAUCCCGAAUACAAAGUGGGGUCAAUAGUCAAGGUUUCUUUCGUCAGUGGACAUCCGAGGAAUGAUAUGAUGUUGGAGAAGACAUUUCUCACUGUUGAACGGUGGAACAACGAAACGAACAAUUGGGAUGUAGUGGCAACUGAUGCAAAUUGGGAAACUAAAUAUUUUUGGCAAAGGACGAAUUCCCUGAUUGCUGAGAGCAUGUCGACUGUCACGUGGGAUAUUCCUGUUACCACAAAAACUGGCCGAUACAGAAUCAGGCAUUUUGGAAAUUCGAAGAACUUAUUACAGAUUAUAAAACCUUACGUAGGCACUUCACGAGAAUUUAUUGUUACUGCAUAGCGUUUCUUUUAAUGUCCUAUUUGGUACUUACUACAUCACAGUCAUUAUUUUGACGCUCCUAUAUUUUGUCUUAAACAAGAAAAUUUUUCUACGGUUUAUUUUUAUGAAUUGGGAAUUUUUUCUUUUCUCAGGUAUUUAAUUACUGUAAAAAAAUUUUAAGGUCUGGAAAACAAAAUGUCAGCAUAAAUAUAUGUUUAAAGAAAUAUCUUUUUAGAAAACGUGUUGCAGCAAGAUUUACAGAAAUUUUAAACAAAGACUAUUUAUCCGCGAAAUCAGUUUUACUUCCAUAGUCAUCCUAAUAAUUUUUGAAUGUAAUAAUGAAUUAUGAGCUUGAUAAAAAUUCAUCUAAAAAGUUUAAAUGUUCUAUAACUGUUUAAUUUUGUGAUGCUAAAAUACAAAAGAAUCUUGAAGACGCACCAAAGGAAAUGUAACACGUAUGUUUCACAAAUAUAAUUUUCGUAUAAUUAUUCUUUCUAAAGAAACAUUUAGUAUACAAGCAGUUAAAUAAAUAUAAAUUUAAGCUUAACAAUAAUCAGCCAUAUGCGUCGCUUUAUGAAUUAAUUCUUAAUUCAACAUUUUCAUGUCUAAUUUAUCAUUUCAUCAGGAAUUUUUAGAAGUUUCCUUACAAGUGAAUUAGAAUACGAUUUCUUAUGACGGAUUUUUCUUACUUUAAUUCAUUAGACUUUUAAAUAACACGCGAACACAUGCGUAUAUAGUAUUUUUAAGUAGAAAUGCUGGAUAUCCUUAGUGUUGAUUUGCGGGAUAUUAGAUAAUACGAAGUCGCGAUGCCAACUUAUACAGUUGAACAAUUUGGCUUCGCUCCAAAACUCUUGAAUAUGAGCAGUAACAAGGAAUAGUAAUUCGCAGUAUAAUUAAUAGAAAAAUACUAUUUAUGAUUUACCUGUGCUUUUAAGCAGUUUAAUCUGGAGAAUAAGUUUAUUUGUUUAUUAAAUCAGUAUUAAAAACAAAAAGAACGCACUGUAAAUAAUGAAAGAACAAACAUCAUUAAGUUUGUUUAGUUGAUUAAAGCAAAGCACACUAGGGCUAUUUGCCUAAGACGAGGGAUAUCUUCGUCAAGUACUUUCGAAGGAGAACUGGCUCGUAAACACGUUACACAUAGAAGAAGCACCCAGCCCGUUCGUCAGGAAUCGAGCCCAGGUCGCAGCUACCAGUAUUCAGCGAUUUUGCCGCUCGGCCGCUGGUAGGUCAAACAACAUUAGAAAUGAAGAAACUAAAUUAUAAUUUAUUAUCGCAUCACCUGCUUUUGCUACACCUGUCGUGUGUAAUUUUCUUUUCCUUUCUCUAUUUUCGGUUGACAGUUUUUUUAGGCUGAUAACUUGUAAUAGUCAUUUUUCCUUAAUUCCGCAAUAAAAAAGGUUAUUUCUUUAAAAAAUAUGGCUUGGUUAAUCAAUAACUCGGUUAGUACACCCAUGAUUUAUAGAGAGUUUAGUGUAUGUAAACAGAAUAAAAACAAAAGACAUUUUCAAAAAUAUUUCUUUCUCGAUUUAAUAUUAUUAUUUCAGGAAAUAAAUAUUUGACAAACUUUCUCGGGUAGGUUAAGUAACCAAAAAAAGAUUUUCAAAAAACAAAGAAUAAAGUUGUAUGAAUUAUGCAGCCUUCUGAGAUUUCAAGGAUUACAGGCGAUAACUCUUUUUAAGGCAUGCAUUAUCAUUUCUUCCAGCCUUUUUCUAUGAAAGCCUUUUCCUGCUUCCUCCUUUCAACGUUUUCCUAUUAGCUGUAAUUAUUAUAAUAUUAUGCAUUUCUUGCCAACUAUUUUUAAGCCAACCAAAAAUGUGUAUAAUAUAGAGCUGUCGAAACGCAAUACAUCCGUUAAAACAUUUCAGUAGCUCUUAGUUGAGGUGAAAACUGAAUAGAACUGGCCUAACAUUUUUCACAAAAAUUGGACAUUUUUCGAAGGAAGUUAGUUUUAUGACUAUUAGCAGUUAAGUAAAGUUUCACUGCACAGUAAAGUGUAAAUACUGCACAAUAAAAUCUAAACGAGCUGUCCUUGAGUAUAGCAUGCCUGUUUUAAUUGAGGUUUUAUUAUUCCAAAGUUAACAGCUUCCAAAGAAGAAUUAAUAUCGUAAUUUAAAUACCAUUCAUUUUCUGUUACAAUCAGUGUAACAGAAACGUAAAGUGACACAUUUUGUGUAUUUCAGUCUGUACAAAAUAAGUGUUGAAAGCAUUAAGAUGGUGUUAAUUUAAUAGUUUUAUAUUUUAUACUUUAAACUCUUGAUUAAUAAAUUAUGCUUUAUUCAGCUCUGUUUUAAAGUACAUUCUGAUUAUUGUAUAUAUCAUAUAUCAUUUGCCAAUUUUACUAACUUAUUUAGGAAUUAGUUUUUCGAUAUGUCAUUAUUUUUAGUUAUUUCUUAUUUAUAAGCAACUAUGAUUACUUUGAAUUACCUUCUUUCGUGUGGCAGCCAAAGCGUUCGUAUGCAGAAGGUCUGUAAUAAUCAAUACAGAUGUAACUAACAUCUGCGGAUAACCGUCAUUUGUAAAUACUUACUUAAGUAUAAAAGACAAAAACCUCCAACUUGAACUUUAAGCUAUUUCGACUGAAGUUAAUUGCAGAAAAAUUGUGCGUGUUCCUAAAGAACUUGAUAUAAAUCCUUCUACAAGUAACAAAAAUUCUGCCCCAUUUUGACGAAAAUACGUGAUAUGAACGAAUAUAAAUAUUAAAUAAACAACAAAAAGGGAAGCAAUAGUUAUAGCACCCUCUGUAGGAGAAAAUGGAAACUAGACGCAUAUUAAAAUUUAGCCUUUAUAUGAAGUUUAUUUUAAAUGGCACAGUUUAAUUAACUUUAAAAGACAAUUGAACUCUAUACUUUACAAAUCGCUUGUGGAAGGGAAGAAAAUGGACUGGAUUAAAAUUCUUAUAAUUAAAGUACAAAAAAUAUUUUAUCCAAUCGAAAUACACGUCUGCUAAUUCUAAGCACCUUUUGAGUGUUUGUGUCCUUUUUAAUAAUGAAUUUAGCCAAUCUCAUUACAGUCUUCAAAUGAUCAGUAUGCAUAAUUACAGUUAAUUAAUAGGUCAAAACAACGGCAGCCACAUGUAUUUACGUUGCAUGCACGUACUUUACAUCUCCAGUUUCAUUAUUGCAUUACUUUGUAAAUAAAUUUGUAAAAUAUAUGAUUACAAAUUAUUUCAGCUUCUAUUGAAAUGUUUAUAUUGCGAACGGUCAUUGAAUGGUAUUGUUAUAUAUAUUUCAUACUUGUGACUAAUACUUAGGAUAAGGUCUACAAAAAGCAUUAUAAAUUAAUAUUUAAUCAUGAAAUUUUUAAUGACUUUUUUCUUUUCUGUAAAAUUUUUUAGUAUUACAAUUUUAAAUUAUAUAUUUUAUGAAAUAUAAAAUCAAAUAUCCAAAACGCUCAGGUGAUUAAAAGAGUUUAAAUUCUUAUUAUAUUUAGUUUAAACUUUAAUUUCCAAAGAAAUGGGUUUUGAAAAAUGUUUUUAAUCUUUCAUAUUUGGUUUCACUUUUGAAGUAUCUUUGAUUUGUUUCAUUAUUUUUAUCAUGUAAAUAUGUGUACAUUUUGUGUAUGUCUAUCUGUAGAUAUCUGUGAUAAUAUUACUAAUAAUAAAUAAUACGGACUA